AUGCAUGUUUCAGCUCAGGUCGAGAUCCGGCCCUCCGUCGCCGAGGCGCAGAGGCUCUUCGCAAAGGCGUCCACCGCCUCGGCGCGCCCGACCCUGCUCCCCAUCUGCGCUUCCACUCCCUCCGACCUCCUCACGCCUUCCACCGUGUAUCUAAAGCUGUCGCAAGGGGCGACCGAUGACUACUCAUUUCUCCUCGAGAGUGCCACCGGCAGCACAGAGACCGUCGGCCGGUACAGCUUCAUUGGCACAAACCCCAGGAAAGUCAUCCAGAGCGGCCCCGGCUACGAAACGCAGGGCGACCCCCUCCGCGCACUCCAGGCCGAGCUGGCUCACGACCGUGUCAUCGACGUCCCCGCCCUCAAGCUGCCCGUGCUGACCGGCGGCGCCGUCGGCUAUGUCUCCUACGACUGCAUCAAGUACUUCGAGCCCAAGACCGACCGCCCUCUCAAGGACAACCUCCACAUUCCCGAGGCCGUCCUGAUGCUCUUCGACACCGUCGUCGCCCUCGACCACUUCCGCUCCGUGCUCACCGUCGUCACGCACGUCAAGCUCCCCGAGGACCCGUCCGAAGACAUCACCGCUGCCUACGAGAAGGCCUGCGCGACGCUGCAGUCCACCAUCGAGAUCAUCCAGACCCCCGACAUCCCCCUCCCGACCAAGUCCUUCACCGGCAAGGCGGCAUCCGGCGAGCUGGCUUCCAAUGUCGGACGCCACGGCUACGAGUCGUUUGUGACGACGCUCAAGAAGCACAUCGUCAAGGGAGACAUCAUCCAGGCAGUGCCAUCACAACGGUUCUCGCGGCCGACGAGCCUGCACCCCUUCAACAUCUACCGGACGCUACGGACGCUCAACCCCUCGCCAUACCUCUUCUUCCUCAACUGCAAGGACUUCCACAUCGUCGGCGCCUCUCCGGAGUGCCUGAUGAAGACCGACGGCUACGCCCCGCUGCCCGCGGAUCCUCGUGCGCCAGCCGGCACGCAGUCUCGGCCUCGUCCCAAGAUCGUCAACCACGCCAUCGCCGGCACUGUCCCGCGGGGGAUCACGCCCGCGGAGGAUGACGAGCUGGCCACGAUACUGCUCAACUCCAAGAAGGACCGCGCCGAACACGUCAUGCUGGUCGACCUGGCCAGGAACGACGUCAACCGCGUCUGCAACCCUCUGACGGUCAAGGUCGACCGCCUGAUGCGGAUCGAUCGCUUCUCGCACGUCCAGCACCUGACGUCGGAGGUCUCGGGCAUCCUGCGCCCAGAGUGCACGCGGUUCGACGCGCUGCGCUCCAUCUUCCCGGCCGGUACGGUGUCGGGCGCCCCCAAGAUCCGCGCCAUGGAGUUGAUCUACGACCUCGAGCAGGAGAAGCGCGGCAUCUACGCCGGCGCUGCCGGCUGGUUCGCCUACGACGUUGUCCGCGUCGAUCUCGCCCGCGACGAGGUCUACCCCGAGGAGGGCGCCAUGGACGUCUGCAUCGCCAUCCGCACCAUGCUGGUCAAGGACGGCGUCGCCUACAUGCAGGCCGGCGGCGGCAUCGUCUUCGACAGCGAGGAGACGCCCGAGUGGGAGGAGACGAUGAACAAGCUGGCGGCCAACCUGAGGUGUAUCGAGGUCGCCGAGAGGUAUUACGGCGACGGCGUCGACGCCAAGUCGGUGCCCGAGAUCAUCGAGGAGGAGAGGAGGAAAGGGGGAAAGUCGUCAUGA